UUUUUUAAGGAAUGUGUUCAAAGAUAACCUAACUAACCUAGCUAUCGUAUCGUUCUAUUAUAAGUUAUUACGAAUUUUCUAAUAUAGAAACUAUUAGUUUUAUUGAUAAACGCUACGUUUUUAAAAUCUAAUGGAUGAGACUUUAAAGAUUAGAAGAUCAACUGCAAUAGUUAGUUGUAUGAGAAGUGUAUUUGAAUUUUAAAAUGUUUUGUGCAUAACACCAUUUCAAUUGUGAAUCAUAGCCUAGCUUGUUUAAAAUCACAUUUAAAAUGGACACAUUAAACAUUAACAUAGGUGUGUUAGGGCAUGUGGACAGUGGGAAAACAUCACUAACCAAAGUUUUGAGCAGUACCACCAGUACUGCAUGUUUUGAUAAAAAUCCUCAAUCACAAGAGCGUGGAAUUACUAUAGAUCUUGGUUUUAGUUCCUUAGCAAUUGACUUUCCAAAAACAAUUAAUAUUCAGUCUGACAAACCUUACAGUAAUCUGCAAUAUACAUUUGUUGAUUGUCCAGGACAUGCAUCUUUGAUAAGAACAAUCAUAGGUGGUGCACAGAUUAUAGAUCUAAUGCUUCUUGUGGUUGAUAUCACUAAAGGAAUACAAACACAAACAGCGGAAUGUCUAGUUAUUGGAGAAAUUCUUUGUCCUAAAAUGAUAGUCGUUUUGAACAAAAUUGAUCAGAUUGAAGAAUCAAAACGACAACAGGUAAUUGAAAAGAUGAAAAAGAAGAUAAAACUUACAUUAUCAAAGACAAUAUUCGGAGACUCACCUGUUGUCAGUGUGGCAGCAAACCCUGGGAAUAGUCCAGCUUUAGGGAUUGCUGAACUUCUUGAGGUCUUGGAGAGCCAUGUGUAUUUACCAGAGAGACAUCCUGAAAAACCUGCUGUAUUCUCUGUAGAUCAUUGCUUCAGCAUCCGUGGCCAAGGCACUGUCAUGACAGGCACACUGUGGCAGGGUACCAUCAGAGUCAAUGAUGUGAUUGAAAUUCCAUCUUUGAGUCUAACAAAGAAAGUGAAAUCCAUCCAGAUCUACAGGAAAAAUGUGGAGAAGGGAGAAGCUGGAGAUCGAAUGGCGGUUUGUGUCACACAGUUUGACCCCAAGCUGCUGGAGAGAGGCAUUGUCAGUGCACCGGGACUCAUCUCUCAUGUCUACGCUGCUAUCACUUCUAUACACAAAGUCAAAUAUUACAAGCAGGCGAUCGGCUCCAACUCUAAAUUCCACAUUAGCAUCGGUCAUGAGACAGUUAUUGGGAAACUAACAAUUUUUGGUCCUCCUGAUUCUUUAAAUAAAAGUCCAUUUAAUAUGGAAGAGGAGUAUUUGUAUCGUAGUUCAUUAUUUGAUCCAUCGUUUGAUGAGGCAAAUAAAAACGAAAACGAUGAGGACCUAUUUGCUCUUCUGGAGUUCGAGAAGCCGAUUUUAAUAGUACCCGAGUCACUUUACAUAAGUUCAAAACUUGACAUGGACAUCCAUACCAAUAACUGUCGUAUAGCGUUUUACGGGAGGAUUGUCGAAGCGUUUUCUGACAAAACUUAUCACCAGACACUACUACCUAAACUGAAAAUAUACAAAAACAAAAGCAAGUCUGGAGUGGUCGACAGGAUUGUAAAUGAAUAUGAAGUAGUUUGCAAAGACAUGUUUAAGAAGGAGACAAGGCUUGAUUUGUUUACUGGCUUAAGAGUGAGUCUGUCCUCAGGAGAAAAUGGCGUCAUAGAAGGUUGCUUUGGGCAAAGUGGCAAAAUAAGAGUGAGAAUACCUCAAGGUCUGAAACCAGAUACUGUUAGCAAAUUUGGUUCAAAAAAGUCUAGGAAAGGAAAAACUGAAGAUGAGGAAACAUCCGUUAGAGAAUCACUAAAAGUAGAACUAAAAUUUAAGACGUAUGUUUUUAGUGAGAAUAAGAAAAUUGUUCAAGGUAAAGAAGACUAAGUUUUGUGUACUAAGAGAAUAGAUUUCAUUAGUGGUAAACUAAAUCAGUACAUUGAUGUUAAUAUCUUAACUGAACAAUAUCCUAGCCAACUGAUUGUAAAAUAUAAUUAUGUUUCAAACAACAGAAGCUGUAAAUAAUAUAUUACAUUUCAUUAUGUAACUUAAGACUGUCAAUAGAAGUAUAUAAAAUAUAUUGUUUUUAUAACUUGUUUUUGUAAAUAAAUAUGUUUUGUUAAAAA